AUGUUUUCAGAGGCCCCUGCCGCCCUCCGCCUGCUUCCAGGGCACUUGGAGACCCAGCACUCGCCAAGCAGCCCUGGCCGCCACAAGCUGCCCUUCUCUGUGGAGGCCCUACUGGCUAGGGCUGACCCCCCACGCGGUGCACCUCAAUGGCUGGCCCCCACCACCAACGGUCUGGUCCCCGGGGGCUCUCCUUACGGCACCCUGAGCCAGGUUCUGCCCAACAUGUCCUCAACCACUUGCGUGCCCCCAUUGGUGGGCAUGGAGCCGAAUCCGUGGUAUGCUGACUUGCUCUCGCAGCGCUCCUGGAGCUUUUGCACCUGGCCACACCUGUGUAUCCCAGACUUCAGAGUUCAUCAUCCCCCAGUAGCCCUGGUCCUCCAAGACAGAGACCAGAGUCCACAGGAGGUAACCAUCAGCCAACACAAGCGGAGGAGAACGAUGUUUAAGCUGGAGCAGUUGGAGGAGCUGGAGAAAGCGUUCCAGAAAUGGAAAAACGUGGUGGGAAAGAAGCGAGCCUGGCUGGCUGCCCGACUCCACCUCCAUGAGGACCAGGUGGGCUCUGGGGUGGUGGGGUCUGGGCUGUACGGAAGACAGAUGCGAUUCUCUGGGAGACCUUGGGUCUUCUCUGUGCCAGACCACUGGGGGCAGACACCCCACAAUGAGUCCCACCUGAGGUCACUUUCUAGAACAUACAGUGUCCAUCCAGAUGUUACUCAGGAGCUUUAG